GUUCCGUAGGUUUAUGUUCUGCUGUUCGUUGCACUCAUGCUGUUUGUUUUAGUCGCGAAUGUUGACUCUAUUUUAAUUUCAUAAAUGAGUGCGAUAGUGAUUUUUGUUAAACUCCCCUAAAAUGCGUUUAAAAACAAUUUUGUUUGCCCUCCUGUGCUUGGAAAGUAGUGGAUUCGAACAUGGAAUGACCAGGAUAUCGGAUAGGGAUGAUCUUAUACCUAAACACGAUAAAUGUCAACAAAUUACAGUGCCUAUAUGUAUGGAUAUACAAUACAAUACAACAAUAAUGCCCAAUUUGCUUAACCAUCAGAAGCAGGACGAUGCCGGCAUGGAAGUGCAUCAGUAUUUUCCGCUUGUUAAAGUGAAGUGCAGCCCCGACCUGCAAUUAUUUUUGUGCUCGGUUUAUGUGCCGGUAUGUACGAUUUUGGAUAGACCGAUUCCCCCCUGUAGGGCUCUGUGCUUGUCUGCUAAGUCGGGGUGCGAGUCCAUCAUGAAGAGGUUCGGCUUUGAUUGGCCCGAGAAUCUGGACUGUGCACAGUAUCCGGAAGGUCAGGACGUUGACGGGGUGAUUUGUGUGGGUGAAAACAAAACGAGCGCGUCGACGACGCCGUCAACUUUCGGCGGUUACCAUCUGGGUACGAUGAGCCUACAACCGGAAACUCCCUUUCGGGAUGUACAUCCCGGGAGGGAUAUAGGAUUUAAGUGUCCUGUACAGUUUAAGGUUCCUUCAUAUUUGGAGUACACUCUGAAAGUCGGCGAUACCGUCGAAAGGAAUUGUGGCGCGCCGUGCACGAUGAUGUUCUUUAGUGAUGGUCAACGGAAAUUCUCUCGAAUUUGGGUCGGUACGUGGGCCGUUUUGUGUUCCGCGAGUUGCCUUUUUACGGUGCUGACGUUUAUGAUUGACACUAAUCGUUUUAAAUAUCCCGAAAGGCCGAUCAUUUUUCUUUCUUUGUGUUACUUAAUGGUGGCUUUGGCGUACGUUGUUGGUUUUGUAGCCGGCGACGGAAUCGCGUGUCGAAAACCGUUCCCGGGUUAUCAAACCGUUAGUACCAUUACGCAGGGUACCAAAUACGAGAUAUGUACCAUUCUCUUUAUGGUGCUAUACUUCUUUAGCAUGGCAUCCAGUAUUUGGUGGGUAGUGUUGACUCUCACGUGGUUUUUAGCCGCCGGAUUAAAAUGGGGCCACGAAGCGAUCGAAGCCAAUUCUCAGUAUUUUCAUUUGGCGGCUUGGGCUGUACCUGCAUUUAAAACUAUCACGAUUUUAGCGAUGGGAGCAGUUGAUGGUAAGUUUUAUCUUUUAUGGUGCCGCCUACCUGAUUAUAAGAUGAAAUGCAUAAAUUGUCUUGUCAAAAAUAUACCACGUUCUCUAUGA